GUUUGUGGUUGUGGCUUCGCGUGAUUUCUAUUGGUAGAUGCUUGAGCGGUAAAGGGGAAAAAAUGCUGCGCGUGCUUUGUUUCCCCUCCUCUUGCCCGCCUACUUGGGGCGGGGCGUCGUAAAGGACACGCUUGACCGGCCCGACUGGAACCUCAAAUCUGACAAGAGGUUCAGUCGAGCGCCUGUAAUAGGAGGCGUGGACCUAUUUGUCAUUCUCUCAGGACUCCUUAGUGUGGCCUCGCUUCUGAUUGGUCAGUCCGAAUGAAGGGCGCGGCGAGGUUUCUUUGUGUGGGGGUGUGACCUGCCUUCCCAUUGGCUACGAUGCGCGGGCGCUGGGCGGGGCCUCCCCGGGCGUCGUCGUUGUCGUCCAUGAUGUCUUCAUCUUCGCCGCCGACGCCGGUCCAGAUUCGUGAGGCUAACGCGCAUUUGGCCGCCUUGCACGGGCGGGUUGCGGAGUUGGAACGGCGUUUGGCAGCUGCGGAGCGCACGGUGCACGGCCAGGCUGAGAGCCUCAUCCGGAAGGAUGCCGAAAUGCGCCAGGCGGUGCUCGGGCUUCGGGAGGGCAAGGACAGGGAAAUUGCCAUAUUGGAGGAAAAGCUGCAGUCUUCUGAACAGCAUGCUCAAAAACUCUUAAACGUGAUCCAGGAAAAAGACAGUUUGAUAACGCAGCUGAGGCACAGGAGCCGCCUGCUGACCAAGAUCUGCCGUAGCCGCCCAAUCCUGGAUAAUCUCUUGGCAUACAUGGCUGAAGGGGAGCAGCUGAGUCCUGUCCUUGGUGCACAAAGUGACGCCAACUCACCAGAUCACAACCUGUCACUGGAGACAAACUGUAUCCCAGACCUUGAUUUGGACACCAAAGACUUUUCACUUGGGGAUGACGAACAGGAUUCAGACAAGACUUUGUUUGGGACAACAGUGUAAACGGACAAGAUUCUUGGGUCCCAUAUCUGAAGCCUUUUUUUUUUUUUAAAUCUCUUUUGAGUAGGGUAAUACCACUUUUUUUUUACUCAGACCUGCUCAUGCUGGAGGUGACAAAGUGACUAUUUUUAAACUAGCCACUCCAGUAAUAGUUUUGUGUAUCAGCAGACUUUUUUGGUUUGUGGCUUAAAAAUCAUGCCUUUUUUUCCCUGCACCUCUUAAUUGGAUGUAGGGUACCUGAAUCUCUAGGACCAAUUAUGACAGUCCCAGUCUUUUCCAAUAUUGGUUAUAUUUACAGUUGUGGGAGUUGUAAGGUAGCACUCCAGAUUGCCUAAUCCCACUCUUAAGAGAAGCAGGUAUCUAAAGGGAAGCUGCUAACUUAAAUUAACAUUACUCUAAAGAAGCUUGCCAUCACUGCUCUCUUUCUCACAAUAUGUUUUUGGCUCUAUCCAGCCAAAUCCAGCAGCAGUCAUUUUGAGAGUAGGACAGGACGGUUCAAACUAUAAGGAAGGAAUUCAAAUUAGGGUUUAGACAUCAGGAGGAAUUUUCUAAUUGUUACAAGUUGUCAGCUAGUGCAGGGGUCUCCAACCUUGGCAACUUGAAGCCUGGAGGACUUCAACUCCCAGAAUUCAAAGCUGGCUUGCCAAGGUUGGAGAUCCCUGAGCUAGUGGAACAAAUUGUAAAGUACUUGGUAAAUUCCUCCUUUGCUAAAGGAGAUGUUCUAAUGAAUCCUGCAGAUGACCUCUAUAGUUCCUUCCAAUUCUGUGAUUAUGUAAUUUCAGAUGUGCAUGUGCCACAUGGGCUAAAUUAUUUAAAAUAUAAAAUGCACAAGGGCAACAAAUCAUACCUUUGUUGAUAGGCUUGGAAAUCCCACAAUUAGAAUGAUAAAAAGAAGAAUCUUACCUAGAGACCAGUACCUUUUUAAGAACCAUAGCUAAGGCUGGGAUCCUGGAGUCCAGUCCUGUUAGUACAGGUAGUCCUCAACUUACAACCAUUCAUUUAACAAUCAUUUGAAGUUAAGACAGCUGUGGAAAAAAAGGGUCUGUCAAGCGGUUCUUACGCUUACAACCAUUGCGGUAUCUUUGCAGUGAUGCGAUCGAAAUUUGGACAUUUGGCAAUCAAUUUAUGAUGGUUGCAGCAUCCUAUGAUCAUGGGAUCACCAUUUACAGUCUUCUAAGGGGACUUCCAACAAGGACGGUCAAUGGGGAAAGCUGGAUUUGCUUAAUGACCAUGGCAAAAAAUGAGGUGCAGCUCACUUAACUACCCCAUCACUUUGUGAGCGAGGUUGCAAGCACUCCCAAUUGUGGUCAUAGGUCGAGGACUUCCUGCAUUCAUUUAUACCGAUUGUGGUAAAAGAUUUGCUUCCUUUCAUUUUGGCAGCUUCAUCUCCCUUUAAGAUAUACCCCUUAACAAUCUUACUGAAGUAAGUUUUUCUACCGAGUAAUUCUAAGUCUAAUGCAUUUUCUGCUUGCGUGUGACUUAAUCCAUCUUUAACCUUGAUAGGCAAUUUUUUAGAAGGGGCAAAAUCACAGAGAAUAGGAAACUUAUUUUUCAGCCUGUUUGGCUAUCCCACAGGAACGAGCACAGAUUUUCAGCUUGAAGUACUACAUCUGCUUGCUUGGGCAGGAAAAGGAAUUCAACCAUUUUUUAUUUAUGGCCUUAUUGGUGGUUAGGCCUUCUCCAUGUCGGGUAUGAGCAAUAACACUUAGAUUUAUAUAGUGCAUAGUGCUUUACAGCAGCGGUCUCCAACCUUUUCAGCUUAGCAGCCUGGCGGAAGCGGUAGUGGGGGAAAGGGGAUGGUUGCACAUGUGCGCUGCUUUCACAGGGGGUUUCCUGCCUCGGCAGGGGGUUGGACUAGAAGACCUCCAAGGUCCCUUCCAACUCUGUUAUUAUGUUAGACAUACGCAGCUUCGCACACGCACUCGCACACCUCUUCCAUGGUCCGGUUCCAAACAGGCUGCAGAGCGGCACCCGGGUGCAGACUGGAGACGUCUGCUUUACAGCACUUUCUGAACGGUUUACAAUGUCAGCAUAUUGCCUGCAACAAUUUGGCUGCUCAUUUUACUGACCUCGGAAGGAUGGAAGGCUGAGUUAACCUUCAGCCAGUCAGGAUUGGACUUCAGACUGUGGGCAGAGUUAGCCUACAAUACUACACUCUAACCACUGCACCACCAGGCAUUGCUCUACCUGUUCUUAGAGUAGGUCCCUUGUCUCUUUAAAAAGCAUAAGCGAUGACUGACUAUGAGAGCUAUUAAGCCAUGUUUCCCAACCUUAGCAACUUUAAAAUGUGUGCACUUCAACUCCCAGAAUUCUCUGGCUAGCUUGCCAGUUUCUUUCCAAGCCUAUGACUCAGUCAGGAAAGAUCAGAACCUAUGAUUUUAGCUUCUCAGUGGGGGAGAAAAAGAUUGGUUUAUUUUUAACACUAGUAAUUUUGCGUCAGAAAUGUUACUCUAAGCUUGCUAAAAAAGAAUGCUCUGUUGAGUUAACUCAGAUGCAUUUUCUGGUGAAAACCUGGAAGUUGCUUCAUCUUCUGGAUAUUUUCCUUGUCUGCCUUCUUGGCCAAGCACAUUAUUACUGUUUAAAAUAUAGGGAACUGGCAACCAAUCGGUUUUUAUAGGUUUCCCCCCCCCCUCAGAAUUGAACAAGCUUGCAGGGCUGCUAUAAAAGCUAAAUAGGAAUAAUGAUGACUGGCCUGGGGUGGAAAAUUAAGGAGAUUGUAGUCUUGUUUUGAUUCUUUCCUAAUAGAAAGUGGACAAUGUUGCAUAGAAGCUGUUUUUAUACGAUGGACCCAUCCACCCAUUUUGUUAAAGAGCACACUUUGGAAUGAGUUUGCCCUUGUCAUGUGCGGCUCUUGAAUUGGGGUUUUUAGGAUUAUUUGGACAUUCAGAACUGAAACUCAUGCCAUCUCGGGUAAUUGAAGAACAUGGUUGUAUUAAAUUGGAACACCAUAUAGCAAGUCUGAAUCCACCAUUAGUCAGCUACAAAAGGCCGGGGGGGGGGGUGGAUAAAAAGCUGGCCGUGUUUUACAAUUCAGUGUCUUAUGUGAAUCCAGCCAAACCUUAAUCCUCUUUAAAUUCAUGUUCAGCAAAGUACUAUGCAAUUGCCAUUCAAUGACAUGUUAUGUUACUGAUGUUCCAGUCAGCCAUGACCACCUUUACAAUAUAGUAGUCCGUUUCAUACAUAUUUCUAAACCCGGCAAAUGUGCUGAUUUUUCCUCAUGUCCAGGAGAUGAUGUCUGUCCUCUACAGCAGGGGUCUCCAACCUUAGCAACUUUAAGCCUGGAGGACUCCUACUCCCAGAAUCCCCCAGCCAGCUUUCUGGGAGUUGAAGUCCUCCAGGCUUAAAGUUGCUAAGGUUGGAGACCCCUGCUCUAGAGGCAGUAGCAAUCCUUGCACCUUUACAAUACACGGACUCCUUUUCAGUUGGAGAGCAUUUAAAACAAUAAUUGCAGCAUUUUAAGGCAAUGCUUCUCUACUUUGGCAACUUGAAGAUCUGUGUAUUUUAAUUCCCAACUGGUUUGGUGGGAUUCUGGGAGCUGAAGCCCACACAUCUGCAAGUUGCCAAAAUUGAGAAACACAGUGUUAAGGAAUCAUAAGCUGUAGACUAGAGGAAAUAAAAGGGAGACAAAAUCCAGCUGUUCAGACAACGCUGUGUGUAUUUCAGAAGAAAGAAAUGUCUUGAGAGAUCCAUUCAGGUGAGAGUUCACAAAAUUCCUAAACAGCCAUGAAACUCAUGGUAUCUUCUUCAUCCCGUUUCUGCCAUGUAGCUUUCAAAAUGGCUGAAACGGUGACAGCAACAAUAUGGUUUCCCAAGAUUCUCCUUUUUCCGGCAUCCAGUCUUCACCAUUCAUGUCUGCCCAUGUGGGUUGAGUUAACUCUUGUAAUCCUCUUGCAGGAGUUGCAGAUUUUCUACUGAUAUUUUGGCAACCCUUUUUGCGCUAUAAUUUGCUGUAUUUCCACAGAAUAAUUGAUUUCUUGAAUGAGUGACUGCAGUCCUAAGCACUCUUACUGGGAAUCUUUGGGACUAAAUACUGAAUACAUAUGUAGAGGAUUGAUUUGUUUUAUUUAAUGCCUGUUACGUUUAUUUUAAGUCGUAUAUUUACUGACCACUGAAGCACCAGUUAAGUGCCUACGGGGAUUUUGUUACACUAGGUCCUCAAUCUAAUUUUUCUUGUUGGAAGCAAAAUAAUAUUAAAAAUAUUUUGGUAUACUUGA